AUGCAGGACUACUUCGGCUAUGGCGUGCUCUACGUUAUGAAUAUUACCGAUAUUGAUGAUAAAAUUAUCAAGAGGUUUGUUUGCCUGAAAUUUUAG